AUGUUCUCUCUCCGACGAAAGGUAAAGAAGAAGAAUUCCUCGAUCCGCACCGAACGAUUAUCUGCGUGCGUUCUCACCGAGAAAACAGAGCGGCAGCGAUGGGUUCCGAGACGCGCCUGGUGGAUCUACUGCGAGGCGAGAUCCCCUUCGAGGAGGAAGCCGACUUCGAUCUCACACUCCGACCGGAUUCAGGCACCUCUCUGGGCCUCGUUCUUGUCGACAUCCUCAACGGAUUCUGCACCGUCGGAGCUGGCAACCUCGCCCCGAUCGAGCCGAACAGGCAGAUUUCCUCCAUGGUAGAGGAGGCAGCGAGGUUAGCUAGGCAUUUCUGCGAGAUGGAGUGGCCUGUGCUCGUCUUCCUCGAUUCCCACCACCCAAACAAGCCUGAGCCUCCUUAUCCGCCUCACUGCGUUGUGGGAUCAGGGGAGGAGGAUCUGGUUCCAGCUCUAAAAUGGCUGGAGGAGGACCCAAGCGUGACAAUCCGACGCAAGGACUGCUUCGACGGGUUCAUCGGCUCCAUGGAGAAGGAUGGCUCUAAUGCAUUCUCAAAGUGGGUAAACGCUAAUCAGAUCAAAACUAUUUUGGUGGCGGGAAUAUGCACAGACAUAUGUGUGCUAGAUUUCGUGUGUUCCACUCUCUCUGCCAGAAAUGUGGGCAUGGUGCCACCUCUGGAGGAUGUUGUGGUUUAUUCUGGUGGAUGUGCUACUUUCGAUUUCCCAAUUGAUGUCGCUAGAAAUAUCAAAGGAACUUUAGCACAUCCACAGGAUCUGCUCCAUCAUGUAGGACUUUACAUGGCCAAGGCAAGGGGUGCCAGGAUAGUGAAGAAAGUAACCCUUGGCUCAUCAAUCUAAGUCGACUCUAAAUAUGCUUACAAGAAAAACAAAACAAAAGACUGCUUCCUGCUAUCGACAUCAGCAGCUCAGAUAAAUCCUUCAUCUUCGUAAUGUUAGUGUUGUAGAUUUCUUCUAGUAUGGGUGGUUUGAUACUCUACUUUUUAUGAUAUUUCUGAGCAUGAAAUGAAUGUUUGUCAUAUAAGCAACAAGAAAUGAAUGGAUUGUGAUUUAUUGUGCA